AUGUAUGCUGCAUAUGCAGCAAUUCUUGUUUCGGUUUAUCAUCGCUCAAACUAUUUGGAGAGAUCAAUCUCUAAUGAAAGAGAUUAUGAACGGCAUGCUUUGAUGGAAAGACUUACACUAAUGGAUAAUGAAGAUUGUUAUAAUCAACUAUGUAUGGGGAAGGAUGCAUUCGCAAGACUAGUAAACAUUCUUCGGGAAACAGGUCAUCUUAGAAAUAGUGCACAUAGUAAUGUUGAAGAACAAGUUGCCAAAUUCCUUCACAUUGUUGGUCAUAAUUUAAGGAAUAGAACUAUGAAAUUUUAUUUCAAGCGUUCUAGUGAAACUGUUAGUCGUCACUUUCAUCAAGUUCUUAGAGUUAUAAUAUCUUUAGAUGAUGUCUUCUUAAAGCAGCCUGAUGGAUUAAAGUGCCCUCAAGAAAUCAAGGACAAUACCAAAUUUUGGCCCUACUUUAAGGAUUGCAUAGGGGCGAUUGAUGGGUCACAUUUUUGUGUAAAAGUGUCAAAUGAUGUUGUACAAAGGUAUCGAGGGCGAAAGUACUAUCCAACACAAAAUGUUUUAGCAGCAUGUUCCUUUGACUUGAAGUUCACAUAUGUUUUACCUGGUUGGGAAAGAUCUGCGUCAGACUCGAGAAUCCUAGAUAAUGCAUUAAUGAGAGAUUUUGAUAAAUUGAUUGUUUCACAAGGUAAAUAUUAUUUGGCCGAUGCGGGUUUUCAGCUAAAAACUAGAUUUCUUACCCCAUAUAGAAGCACUCGUUACCAUUUAAAAGAGUAUAGUGUUCAUCAACCAGAAAAUGCUAGAAAGGUUUUCAACCUUCGACACUCGUCCUUGAGAAAUGCAAUUGAAAGGGCAUUUGUUGUUUUGAAGAAAAGGUUUCCAAUAAUAGCUAGUGGGACGGAGCCACAUUACCCUAUUGACACACAAUCUGAUAUUAUACUAGCAUGUUGUAUCCUCCAUAACUAUCUCAUGGGUGUUGAUCCAAAUGAAAGAUUAAUAGUAGAGGUCGAUAGAGAGCUUUUCAGCGAAGAAGCAGAGUUUGAAUCAAUGGUCUUGAGUUUAGCUGAAAAAUGCAACGAAUGA